CCAACGUCGCACCGCCCACACGCUGCUCCUCCUCCUCCCUCUCUCCCGACAAAGCCUCCUCGCCCACCACGUCGCCACCGGCAUAACCACCACCGUAGACCAACCAUCUCUGCCACCCCCACCCCCCACGGCGAUCGACGCCGGCGGCGAGCGGCGGCGGCGGCGGCCAUGGGACGGGUGAAGCUGCAGAUCAAGCGGAUCGACAACAGCACGAACCGGCAGGUGACGUUCUCCAAGCGGCGGAACGGGCUGAUCAAGAAGGCGUACGAGCUGUCCGUCCUCUGCGACAUCGACAUCGCCCUCCUCAUGUUCUCCCCCUCCGGCCGCCUCAGCCACUUUUCCGGCCGCCGAAGGAUCGAGGACGUGCUCACAAGGUACAUCAAUCUCCCGGAGACUGACAGAGGCGGAACUAUCCAAAACAAAGAGUACUUGAUCAACAUGCUCACGCAGCUCAAAUCCGAGAGCGACGUGGCCGAGGAGCUCACUAAGACCAGCAGCAGCAGCAAGGCGCCAGUUGACUCCAACAUUGAGGAGCUUCAGCAAGAGAUCAGGACAUGCCAGCACCAGAUCCAGCUCAACGAGGAGCGAUUGAGGAUGCUUGAGCCGGACCCGGCCAUGUUCGCAUCCAUGGACGAAGUCGAGGCCACAGAGAAGUUCAUCGCUGACAUGCUCAGCCGCGUCCAGGAGAGGAAGAGGUAUCUGUUGUGCAGCCACUUGGGCUCGUUCGACGUGACAGGCUCGACUUCGGCCAUGCAGCACGUCCGUAUUACAAUGUACUUGCUGCAGCAGCACGGGGACAUCGCCGGCGGCGGGUUCGGGAGCGACGAGGUGGCCUCGUGGGUGUCCGAGGGGAUGCCGGAGGCGGCGACGUCGUCGGUGGCGUCGAUGUUCGCGGGACCUUCGGAUUCCAUCAUGUCGUCUUUUAGGGAUCAUCAGGCGAUGUACGACGCGAUGGGACGAGAGGCAGGCGUGGAGACGGUGGGCCCAGGGAUGGAGAUGUGCCACGUGGGUCAGCAGGGCCAGAGUGACGACUGGCAGCAGGCGUACACGUCAGCGGAGUUCCUCUCAUCGCUCAUCCCAUCCACGCCGUUCCCUCUCGACGAGGACGUGAUGGCCCCAGUGCUGGCAUCCCCGCCGGCGAUGAUCCCCGGCGUCCACGACGACCAGCGCCCGCCGGUGGAGGACACGGAGGCGGGCUGCUCGCAAGCGCCGACAGACGACCUAGCUCCGGUGAACAUUGGUUAGGCGUGUGAUGUGUCUUGUCUGCAAGUCUUUGCAAGAAAUUAAUGGGACAUAUUCUCGUGUUCCAAUUGGAGAAUUCAAACUAGGGUUUUAGAAAAUGUUUUAUUUGACCAUGAUGGGUGUACAUAAUUGUGUCAUCCAUGUAAUGCACCAUGCAUAAUUUAGGGUAAUGUUAUAUAGCAUGUAAUAAGAUAUUGUUUGUAGCA